AUGGCCAAUAGUGACCAUUUCGACCAAAAAGUCGAAACUUCUCUUCGCCGCGAUAUUCCCAUCAUCACCACCCCGCACGCACGAGUCCAACUCACCAACAAAGGAAGUGAGUCCUUUACCAACGUCUCCGCCCUAGCUCCCUCUGAAACGGGUCUCGUCGAGAUAGGGGGUACCGGUGGACCUAAACGACCACUACUUCGUAUCACGAGCAUGCCGGGUAAACAUGUAUCGAGCAACGCCGUGGUUGGACUGCUCAAUAAAAUGGCCAAUGCCAUCCCCCCAACAACAGGCUGGAUCCUCGAACUCGGCACCAGCGCCGACACCCACGAUCCCACCGAGUUCACCCCAGGCUACCGCAUCUACAUAACGGGGGAUACCCUAAUGACCGAAGACCUAAACGCGAUUCGCGAACACUAUACCGCACGAAAUAAACCAAUUGACCUAAUGCUCGCGCAUCUCGGCGGAACAAUGAUUCCCUCGCCGACUCUAUCCCCGCUCGCGUUCAUGGUGACCAUGGAUGCAGGGCAGGGUAUACGAUUGAUGAGAUUGAUUGAACCGGGUGUGACGAUUCCGAUCCAUUAUGAUGAUUAUGAGGUUUUUGCGAGUGGAUUGGGGGAGUUUAAAGUGGAGGUUGAGAAGAGUGGGUUGGAGGGGGGUGUGGUUGUUUUGGAGAGGAGGGAGAGUUAUCGGUUUCGGGUGAGAGGGGAGGUGGGGAGAGCCAGGUCCGAGGAGGCUUAUUUUGGGGGUGGGAGUAGUCCGUAG